CGCAUCUGUCGUCUGUCUCAUUCCGCAAAAAAAUGGCGGUGCUUCACAAAGUUUUGUUGACAUGGUUCUUGUUCACCGUCUUUUUCACCCUGCUUGCGCUGAAAUUAGACGAGAAAAUCGAGUGGAACUGGUUUAUCGUGUUUGUCCCUAUGUGGGCAUUCGACAUUAAGCUUUUCCUCCUCCUCGCGUUCCAACUCAUGACCAUGUGCAAGCGGAGGCACGACCCCCCUUCCGCGAUCCGACGCAAGGUUUGGGCGCUCUUCUGCCUCUUCCUCAAGUCCGCCUUUCAAGUGUGCCUCUGCACGCGGCUCCAGUUCACCUCGAAACUGCCGUGGGUGUUCGUGGCGCUACCGCUCUGGAUUCUACUGCUGGGUGUGGCGUCCAAUGUGCUCAUGCAUCUCAUCUCUCAGCGGUGAGGUGCCCAAACCCCAGACGAAGGAAGGAUACCGCGAGCGGACACCAGUGGUCGUGCCAACACACUGCUCGAUAUUCGAGCAAUUUUCUUCUUUUUCUUGUGGUAAUACUCGAGAGUAGCGUGCAACAUACCUGUUGUGCGAUCAUCAAGGACAGACUUUGCUGGUCUCACCGCCGUCGUUGCGAAGAACUGUGCCAGUGUUUACUAUUUAUUCCCCGAUGUGAACAUUAACUCCAACUUCUAGUCAUCAUUCCAGUAUACCAAUAAAUGGGUACAGGGUUCCACUGCGAUACCUUAGCAACCGUGACAAGAAAUGGUGCAAAUUAACUUUGAACUACUUUCUUUACUCUCUUUAGUAGGCUGUGGUAUGCCUUAUAAAAUAUAGCGCAAAAAUAGGGAAAAAAGUUAAAUUUAUUCUAUACAUUAUUAUUGGCUCCGAGCAGCGAAUGUAUAUUUUAAUUUAAAAUCGACAAUAUUCUUAAAACUUUUGGUUUAAGCAUCGUCCACUCAACAAAGCAGUGGCAAAUGCGUGCCGUUUUCGGACACGGGAAGUUUUCUACAACACUAGUUAUUUGGGUGGUGCAGGAUCAACAAAAAAUAAAUAGCAUCACGCAUCCUGGUCCGUAAUCAACGGCAGAAAGAAUAUUUGUUCCUGUUGCUGUCAAGAAGAAAAAAAAAGUGCAGUCACCAGUUAUUAAA